AUGUAAAAAAGACCCAUUUAACGAAAAAGGCUGAAAUAUGAAGAAGCUCUCAAAGUUGCUGCUAAAGAAGAUGUAAUCAAAAAUAAAUUACAUAUAUAGGUUUCUUUUUUUGGAUAAUGUACUAAAUUUAAAGAAAGAUCAACAGAACCUGCAUCAAUAAAUCGUGCAAUUCAAUUUCUCUUUCUUAAAGAAAAUGUAUGAAUUCUUAAAAUACAAGAAUGUUGAUAGAAAAAUAGCCUUAUAAUUUGGGAGUAGAAGAUUAUGUAAGAUAGAUAGUACGCGUUAAUAUGAUGGACCUGCUAGUUUUAGACUAAUGAAAACAUCUAAACAAUUAUUAGGGUCAAUAAAUGGUUGGCAAAAUGGAAAUGCUGAUGUUAAAUUUAAUUUGGGUUCUGGUUUUACAAAUAUCUAAGACAGACAUGAAAAUAGUUUCACAUUAAAAAUUGAUAAUGAUUAAAGAGUUAUGACUUCAGAAAGGGAUAGAAUUUCUAUGUAAAAAUAUGAAUUCUCCAAAUUUAAUUCUUAGAGAUUAACGUAAGAAUUAUGUAAAUUAAAAGAGGAGAACACUUUCAAAAAUAUUCAAUAAAAGCGAAUUAUUGAUGUUAUUCAGCAUCCAUUAUUCGAACCUUUUGAAAAAUAAUGCACAUAGCCAUCUCCUCAUUAAUUAAAUGAAGAUGUUGUCAAUGAAAAUGAUCAUUAAAUACUUGAUGAUUCAAGUAGUUCAAGAACAAGAGCAAUAACAAAUUUUUAAGAAAAUAAAUAAACUUAAUUAAAUAAAAAGAGAAUCUCAGAACAUAAGGUUGGUUAAAAUAAAUAAGCAUAUCUCUAACUCUUUAGAUAAUUGAAAUCGGAUUCAUAAAUUAUUAAACGUAAAUAGAACAUAAAAAAAAGUAUUUAAAAUGAGAAUAGCUCUAGAUGUAAUUCUUAACUUUCUUUUUUCUUUAAUCUUACUAACAAAUAAAGAUUAAAUUCUAAUACAUCUAUCAGCAAUUCUUAAUAACAUUUUAAUUAGAAAUCAAGUGUUAAAUAGGAAUACACUUUUGAAUAGAAAUUAGAAAAUUUUGUUAAAUAACGAAUGCUUAUGUAAAACAGUUCGCAUCCAUGUGAUAAGAUCAAUUAUUCUAAUAUAAAUUAAAAAUUAGAUGUAUUCUCUAAAUUUAAAUUAGCUUUAUCAAUAGAUGAAACAAUAAGAAUUUAAGAGAAUUCAAAAAGUGCGAAUGAUUUCAUAGAGAUGA